GGCCUGUCGGAGAAGGCUGGGACAAUUCAAGAUGGCAGCGAGCAGUAGCAGCGGCGCGGCAGCCACCAAAGCCAAUGCUAAACAGUCUGGACUUACAGCUGAACAGGUGGUGGCUGGUUUUCAAAGGUUGCGCCAGGAACAAAGGAGCAUGGCAUCAAAAGCAGCAGAGCUGGAAAUGGAAAUCAAUGAGCACAGUUUAGUGAUAGAAACUCUAAAAGAAGUAGAUCCUUCCCGGAAAUGUUAUCGAAUGGUGGGAGGCGUUUUGGUUGAGAGGACAGUAAAAGAGGUUUUGCCGGCUCUGGAGAACAACAAAGAACAGAUUUCUAGAAUAGUAGAGUCUCUAAACACCCAAAUGCAGACGAAAGGUCAAGAGCUCAAUGACUACCGGGAGCGUUACAACAUCCGAUUAGUUGGGGAAGAUGAAGGAGCAGCAAAAUCCACAUCAGCUAAUCGGGAAGAAGGCGGAGGGGCCAAAAGUAGUGCAGGGGUGUUGGUCUCCUAGACUUUUUGAAGCAUUGUGGGAAUUCGAUUUCCAGAAAGGAGAACUGAAGUUUACGCUGAAUUUCUGUGUAGAAUUUUUUUUUUGUUUGUUUGUUAAUAAAUAUCACUUGCUAACUUAAA